AUGAUAGCAACAGGAUUUAUAGCUAAUGGAGCAAAAGUUUAUAUUUCUUCAAGAAGCAAGGAUACUUGUGAUAAGGUUGCUAAAGAAUUAUCUGAUAAAGGGCCAGGAAAAGCUGUUAGUAUACCGGCAAAUUUACAACAUUUAAAUGAAGUCAAACGAUUAGCUAAUGAAGUUAAAGAACGUGAAGGAAUAAUUAUUAUUGGAUCAAUUGCCGGUUUGAUAACACCAUUUAACGAAGCAUAUGCAUAUACAACUUCCAAAGCAGCUUUACAUCAUUUAACAAAAGUAAUGGCGGGACAAUUAUCAAAUCGUCAAAUUACAUUUAAUAAUAUUGCACCUGGACCUUAUCAAUCAAAAAUGUCGGCUAAAAUAUUGAAAGAUCAUGGCGAAAUAAUUAGUUCGGAAGUACCUUUAGGUAGAAUUGGAGCAGCUGAAGAUAUUGCCGGUACCGCGAUUUAUUUAUCCAGUAAGGCUGGCGCUUUUACUAAUGGUGCUACUAUUACAGUUGAUGGCGGUAUGAUUACUAAACCCUAUAGUUCCAAAUUAUAA